ACCGGCUUUUACCCGGAUUGUGGACUGGUGUGUGAGAAACAUGUGCGCCGUCCUUUCUUAAAAAGUACAUCCACACGAUAAACAUGGCCGAAGUAGAUGAAACCCUCAAAAAGAAAAGGACCUUCAGGAAGUUCACCUUCCGAGGUGUCGACCUGGAUCAAUUGCUUGAUUCGUCAAAUGAGCAAUUCAUGAGUUUGGUGCAUUGCCGUGCCAGAAGGCGUUUAUCUCAGGGCCUGAAGCGCAAGCCUAUGGCUUUAAUCAAAAAAUUGCGUAAAGCCAAACAAGAAGCCCCACCAAAUGAAAAACCAGAGAUUGUAAAAACUCAUUUGAGAAACAUGAUCAUUGUCCCAGAAAUGGUUGGUUCCAUUAUUGGAGUGUAUAAUGGAAAAACUUUCAACCAAGUUGAAAUCAAACCCGAAAUGAUUGGUCACUAUUUGGGAGAAUUCUCGAUUACGUACAAACCUGUCAAGCAUGGUAGACCCGGUAUUGGUGCUACUCACUCUUCUCGUUUUAUACCAUUGAAGUAAAUGAAUAAAAAAAAUUCAUAUUUAUAACUCAAA